AUGGUCCCCUCAGACGACAAUACGCCCAAAACAGCGGUUGAAGGACCAACAAUAGAACACUUCGUCACCGCGAAAAGCUACGCAGCCACACAGAACAAAUUGGCCACUCAGACAGAAGUCAGAGACGCGUCUCUAAGUGUCACUGGAGUAGAUCCAGCGAACUUGCCCACGCACGCAACCAGGGACCAGGAAGAGACGUGGUGGACGUUUGGCACGGGCACUCCUGCUGUUGGAGUACAACAGGAAUCGCUGGAAGGAUCUGGGCUGGAUUCUAUCCAAGAGAGCCAAGCUAUGGAUUCUUCUGGAACGAGAGUGACGCUCGCGAAAGCCUCGGCGGCUCCAAACGCAGACCAACAGGCUUUGCGCACAGACUCUACCUCUGACAAAGCCCAGGGUACGUGGGGACUCGUUACCUUUACUGAUGUACAACGUGAUUCGGAUUUAAUAACAGAAGGGUCCUCUCACAUACCGGAGGAGCUGAUUACCAUGGACACGGGGAUGCCUCAGGGAGAACUACACAGUCCUGAGCGCACAUGA